GUGAAAUGUCUAAGAGGUUUGACCUCCUAGAAUAAAAUGAUAAUUCCUUCUCCUUUUUACAACCCAGACCCAGAGUUGCUGAGCGAUGAUACGCCUCUGGUAAAUGCCCCCUACCACAGCUACAGUGGGGGAGAAAGACCCCGGAGCUGGCUAGACUACAUUACACUAGACUUCAUGUACGGACGCUAUCUCUACGGCUUUAUCAUCGUCUGCUCCAUGAUCUUUAUGGUCGUCGUGAGUUUGACAGAUGUGAUGUCCAGCGCGGACCCUAGUCUGCAGAAAGUCUUCGUCGUAUUUAGACAUGGUACAAGGGCUUCAGGUUUCACUUACAAGAAUGACCCCUACCCUAGAGACAACGCAAAAUAUUGGCCCGAUGGACCAGGCGAACUUACAGCGACUGGUAAAAUUGAAGCAUAUGAACUUGGUGAAAGGUUAAGGGAACGCUAUCAGAGAUUUGCUGGUGAUCAUUAUAAGGCAAAGGAGUUCCGUGCAUACACUACCCUUAUUGAACGUACAAUGAUGUCCGCUGAGCUGGUCCUGGCUUCCCUCUUCCCACCGAAGACUUAUCAGGAGUGGAAACCUCAAAUGAAUUGGCAACCAAUUCCUGUAUAUCCUGAAGAUAUUGUAAAUGCAACAUCGGGUUGUAGCUGCCCAAGGUUCGCUCUUGAAUUCAAAAACAAUGUAAAGAAUCAUGUUCCCGCUGACUUUGGCUUUGAAUCGGAAGUUGGAAAAAUUCUCAAAGAAAACUCUGGAGAACCUGAUGCUGUACCUAUUUCUUUGUUCACAAGAGUUUGGGACACUGUUUAUUUCCAGGAUCGGGCCCAUCUACCAAUUCCUGAUUGGCUCAAACCUAUCUACCCUGAGAAGAUGGCUGUAUUAGCUGUGAGGUAUCUUAAAUUUUAUUUGGCCGGUUCAAAAACUCAGGAGCUGCUUGUUCAAGAUCCCUUUGGAAGAGCAAUUACCACUUUUUUCACUGAAAGUCCAAGAAAAAUGGAAAUCCAUUCGUUGCACGAUAUUCACAUUAUGAGCCUCUUUAUGCUUCUUGAUAUUGAAUAUAAUUCAUUUCCUGAACCUGGUAGUGCCAUCGCAAUUGAGCUUCAUGAAAAAAAAGAUGGCCAACACUUCGAAGUUUAUUUCUACCGCACUCCAAAAGAUAAAAUUCCAGUGCAAAUGAAGAUGCCUUGUGGUUUGAGCUGUCCUCUCUCAGUAUUGCUAAAAAGGUGUCAAGUAUUCAAAGUGGAAAAUUAUGAUGAACUUUGCAAUGAUGCAGGAGGAGGUAUAUCAUCACACGUCACAGAGUUUAAAUUGCCUAUUUAAAUAUUCAGGUAGUUACUCUAUCUUUUUUGUCUUGUACUAAUAUUUUAGUUCUUCUAUUUCCUUUAUAG